GCUCGGUGGGAGGCCGUGGGUGCGGGUCGCUAUGGCGGUGGAUAUCACGCUGCUGUUCAGGGCCAGCGUCAAGACAGUGAAGACGCGCAACAAAGCGCUGGGAGUGGCAGUGGGCAGCGGGGUUGAUGGCAGCCGCGACGAGCUGUUCCGCCGGAGCCCCAGGCCCAAAGGAGACUUCUCCAGCCGGGCGCGCGAAGUGGUUAUAAAGAAAAAAGCCAAGUCUCCAAAUCUUACCACCCAGACAACCAUCAGUAUUUCGAUGAGCAGUCCUCUGUCCUUUCUGUGUAUGUGUACAGCCUCAGAUUUCACACAUUGGCAAACUGAGAGAUUUUCUUCUGGAACACAGGAAAGAUUAUAUUAAUGCUUACAGCCAUAUCAUGUCUGAAUAUGGGAGGAUGACAGACACAGAACGAGACCAGAUAGACCAGGAUGCUCAGACAUUCAUGAGGACCUGCUCAGAAGCAAUUCAGCAACUAAGAGCACAAGCCCACAAGGAGAUACAUUCCCAGCAAGUGAAGGAGCACAGGAGUGCUGUUUUGGACUUCAUUGAAGAUUACUUAAAAAGAGUAUGUAAACUUUACUCAGAACAAAGAGCCAUCCGAGUUAAACAAGUGGUGGACAAGAAAAGAUUGUCUAAGCUGGAACCAGAACCAUAUGCAAAGACAAGAGAAUCCAUGUCUUCUGAGAAAGUUUUACAGAAUCCUUCAGAAGACAUUGAAGAAAAAGCUGUCACUGAAGAAUAUCCAGAAAAGAUACCACCUGACAUACAGCCUGAACUGGGAACCUGGGGAGACGGCAAAGGUGAAGAGGAAUUAUCCCCAGAAGAGAUACAAACGUUUGAACAAGAAAAUCAGCGCCUAAUUGGGGAAAUGAACAACCUGUUUGAUGAAGUCAGGCAAAUUGAAGGGAAAGUGGUUGAAAUUUCCAGACUCCAAGAGAUAUUCACAGAGAAGGUUUUACAACAGGAAGCUGACAUCGAUAGCAUUCACCAGUUAGUUGUGGGAACAACUGAGAAUAUCAAGGAGGGCAAUGAAGACAUCAGAGAGGCCAUUAAGAACAACGCCGGCUUCCGAGUGUGGGUCCUCUUCUUCCUGGUGAUGUGCUCCUUCUCCUUGCUGUUCCUCGACUGGUAUGACAGCUAGGCUGCCCACCUCUCCUGGCAAGCGUGGGCUCUAGCACCGGAACACGGCUGCCACUGGAUUUUACCGCGGAGCCAUGGGGUGGGGGGACUGACAUAUGUACUCUCACAAAAGGGGCACCCAGACCUGUGGUUUUAAGCCCAAUUAGUAUCUAAAAAAUAAAACACAAAUGGAAGGUG